GAGCCUCCGCCGGCCCCGCCGCUGCCGCUGUUGCUCGCUCGCUGGUUCAGCCGCUCUCUCGGUCGCUGCCCGUCGGUGCCGCGGCGCGAGGCGGGCGCCGGUUUCCAUGGUGAUCGCGCGGCGCGGCCGGAGGCAGCGGAGCGCCCGGCCCCGCGCGGGGCCAUGUCCCGGGGCCGCUGCCCCCACCUGCUGUGGGACGUGAGGAAGCGGAGCCUGGGGCUGGAGGAGCCCGGCCUGCUGCGGCGGCACUACCUGGGGAGAAGAGAAUUUAUCCAAAGAUUAAAACUUGAAGCAACCUUGAAUGUGCAUGAUGGAUGUGUGAAUACAAUUUGCUGGAAUGAUACAGGAGAAUAUAUUUUAUCUGGUUCUGAUGACACCAAUCUGGUUAUUACCAAUCCUUACAGCAGAAAGGUUUUAACAACCAUUCGCUCAGGACACCGGGCUAAUAUUUUUAGUGCAAAAUUCCUACCAUGCACCAAUGACAAACAGAUUGUAUCUUGUUCCGGUGAUGGGGUCAUCUUUUAUACUAAUGUUGAACAGGAUGCAGAGACCAACAGACAAUGCCAGUACACGUGCCACUAUGGAACCACCUAUGAGAUUAUGACAGUACCAAAUGAUCCCUAUACUUUCCUCUCUUGCGGUGAAGAUGGCACUGUACGAUGGUUUGAUACUCGAAUCAAAACAAGUUGCACAAAGGAAGAUUGUAAAGAUGAUAUUUUAAUAAACUGCCGUCGUGCUGCCACUUCUGUUGCUAUCUGCCCACCAAUCCCCUACUAUCUUGCUGUGGGUUGUUCUGAUAGCUCAGUAAGAAUAUAUGAUCGGCGAAUGCUUGGUACAAGAGCAACAGGGAAUUAUGCUGGCAGAGGAACUAUUGGAAUGGUGGCACGUUUUGUUCCUCCUCAUCUCAAUAACAAAUCUUGCCGAGUAACGUCUCUAUGUUAUAGUGAAGAUGGUCAAGAGAUCCUUGUUAGCUACUCGUCAGAUUACAUAUACUUGUUUGAUCCCAAGGAUGAUACAGCACGAGAACUUAAAGUUCCUUCCUCCGAGGAGAGACGAGAAGAGUUACGGCAACCUCCUGUUAAACGUUUGCGGCUAAGAGGGGAUUGGUCAGAUACUGGCCCAAGAGCAAGGCCUGAGAGUGAACGGGAGAGAGAUGGAGAACAGAGUCCUAACGUCUCUCUAAUGCAGAGGAUGUCAGACAUGCUGUCAAGAUGGUUUGAAGAAGCUAGUGAAGUUGCACAAAGUAAUCGAGGACGAGGAAGAUCGCGGUCCAGAGGUGGGACUAAUCGGACAGAUGCUUCUGCUAGUAAUAAUGUGCCACCUAGUACAGAAUCAGAAACUGCGAUGGAAGUAGAUGGUUCUGAACAACUUCCAUCAUCUUCAUCUUCUACAAUGUCAGCCCAAGCUCCUUCAACAUCAUCUUCAACGGGAAGUCCCCCUUCAACUUCAUUAUUGUCCUCUCCUGAUAAUGAACAAAGGCCUUCUUUGGGGGCCUCAUCACAACCUGUGCUCCAUCAGUCUGAGUUAAUGGGACCCGAGUUAGCUAUAAUCCGUAGGGGUCUGCAGCGGCUGAGGCUUAAGAAGGCAGAACAACAGAGACAGCGAGAGCUAGCUGAGGGUUCUGCACCACAGUCCUCCUCUGAUCAGUCAUCCUCUAAGGGCUCCUCACAGGACCCUCAGACAUCAGAUUCUCCUUCUUCUGUGGUUAACAAACAGCUUGGAUCCAUGUCACUUGAUGAGCAACAGGAGAGUGAUAAGCCACGAACAGGAACGAGUGAACCAGUUUUAAGUUUGCACUACAGUACAGAAGGAACAACUACUAGCACAAUAAAAUUGGACUUCACUGAUGAGUGGAGCAGCACAAAUUCAAGCUCUAGAGGGAGUGGAAGUCAUUGCAAAACUGAAGGCCAAGAAGAUUCCUUAAAAACAAAAACAUCAGAAGAGUCAGGACCUGAAGAUGAAGAAACAAGUAAGAUUCAGCAUUACUUCUGUAAUGGAGUUCCUGAUGAAUCUCACAAGGAAGACACAAGUGCUGAAGAACUGAAAACUACAGAUGAAACUGUAGAGACAACAGAAGCAACUGUAUCCAAUAAACCUGUUACUGAGCAUCCUGGAAUCCAACCAGAAGAAAAUGAUUCCAGUGUUGAGACUGUCUCCAGAACUGUGGAGGAAGAAGCUUCAAGUGAAAAAAGUACAAAUCAAGAAAUUUCAAGUCAGCAAAGUGCUGAAUCCACUGCCAACUUGCUUAGUGCAAGCGAUGAACCUCAGCCACACCCAGAAUCCUCAGGGCUUGCAACUCCAGAAGAUUGUUCUACCAGAACCUCAGCUCUCCAAGAAACUGAUGACAGUGAUGAUGAUCCUGUUCUGAUCCCAGGAGCAAGGUAUCGAGGAGGACCAGGACACAGACGAUCUGCUGUUGCCCGCAUUCAGGAGCUCUUCAGAAGGAGGAAAGAAAGGAAAGAAAUGGAAGAGUUGGAGACUUUGAACAUUAGACGUCCUUUAAUAAAGAUGGUUUAUAAAGGUCAUCGGAACUCCCGAACAAUGAUAAAGGAAGCCAAUUUUUGGGGAUCUAACUUUGUCAUGAGUGGUUCAGACUGUGGCCAUAUUUUUAUAUGGGAUCGCCAUACUGCUGAACAUCUCAUGCUGCUGGAAGCUGAUAAUCAUGUGGUGAACUGUCUUCAGCCUCAUCCAUUUGACCCAAUUCUGGCCUCUUCAGGAAUUGACUAUGAUAUAAAAAUCUGGUCACCAUUGGAAGAAUCCAGGAUUUUUAACAGGAAACUUGCAGAUGAGGUUAUAACACGUAAUGAGUUAAUGCUGGAAGAAACCAGAAACACUAUUACUGUUCCAGCAUCUUUUAUGUUACGAAUGUUGGCAUCUUUGAAUCACAUAAGAGCAGACCGAUUGGAAGGUGACAGAUCAGAAGGAUCUGGUCAGGAGAAUGAAAAUGAAGAUGAAGAAUAACCGGCAGUUGUGUGCAAGCACCUAGAUGUUAAUGGAAUUUGUACAAGACAUUAAUUAUAUUUUUCCUUACAGAGCUUUAGUGCAAUUCUAAGAUAUUGCUUUUGGAUAACCUAACCUUCUGUUUUUGAAUGACUGUGUGCAUGACUUUGAGAGAGUGUGCAAGUAAAAUAAGCAAAAAUGUUUUUAAAAUGUUUUGCCAUGUAUGAGGGGUGCUAGGAGAUGCAAAGUGCAAUAUUUUCCUUAACCUGCAAAUGUGGGAGCUUGGAUCAAUGUUUUAAAGUAACUUUCAUUAUAGUAAAAACGUUGGUUCAAAUAAAUUUCUAUACCUGCUGUUUGCAUGUUUGUUGCUUUCUAAUUAAAAAGAUUUGGUUGUUUUAA